AUGUCGCACUCGCACACGCAUGCCCCAGGACAACAUCCAGGCCACACACAUGGCCCUCCUCCACAGCAGCAACCACAGAUCGUGAUGCGUCAGCCCGACCCGGUCAUGCAGGCCCUAAUCGAAGCGAGCUUUCGCCCAGUCGACAUCGCCCUCGGACCUCCAGAGAACGCGUCUGCGCUAUGCGGGAAGCACUCUCUCGAGAAGUGCGCAGAGUGCGACGUCGAUUACACUAAUCUGAACCGACUGUCACGUACGCUGCAGGCCAACCCGAACCUCCGUUGUCCACCUCCGCCCCAGGUCAUUAGCAAGCCGCUGUCGGCAGCUAUCAACAACACCAAGGAAGAAGGAAAUGUAUGGCACUGCGUUGUUCAAGGCCGGAAUGCAUGA